AUGCUGUGGAUUAGCAUAGCAUGCAAACUCGGCGCGUACGCGCUCUUUGCGCUCUUCGCGCACAUACAUGCCAACGGCGGCCUCAACGGCCAAAACAUCGGUUUUCUCCUGGACGCGGUCACCCCCCAAGCCCGGCUCAUUACAACUGUGCUCCGCUCUCUCGGCCCCUCGCUCCGGUCUGCACCAACCAUCAAAGCGCCUGAUGAUGGAUGGCUUAUCGUCGAAACACCAUACCCGACGAUGUUACACAUACUUCCUGACCUUGAGCCCACGGCGUCCCCCGUCAUCUCCGCCACUGCGGGGAAUGGAAGCAGUCACCGCGCUCACGACCUGACCACCCUCGCUCGGAGAUAUCGUAUGGAGCCCAUUGUCUGGGGCUCUAUGCAUGGCGGCGAGGGACUGUGGGAGCGAAGCUACGCUUUCGUCCACGACCAUGGUGUAGGCGUCGCUGCUGUGGGCGCGAUCCUCGCGUUCAUGUGCCUAUGGAUCGCUAGGAGGACCAGGAAGGGAUCAGAUGCGAAGGCGUCCAGGGUUACAAUGGAGAUUUGGUACCAGGAGUCUUUGGAGGAUGCACUCAACGGCAUCAUGACUCAACAGGGCAAUGAGGCGAACAUUGCGCAUCUCGUGCAGGUCUAUAACGCCAUCAUCACCAACGCCAGUCGGAGCGCACUCCUCAACACAGCCACGUAUGCGCCAACGGCCUCUGCGGCGGCGAGGAUGGUCACAUACCCGAGUGUGGACGCAGCGGACGCAUAUACCCGCGCUGCCGCUGCCGAUACCCUACAUACCCUGACCACCCCGCACACGCCAGCCCCCCUCGGCCCCGCGCCCGCACCAUCGCGGCCCUCCACCGUGGGCAUUCCAGACAACACGCACGCUAACGACGCGCCUGCGAUCGACGAACGGUCGGACCUCAAGUUUGUAAGUAGGAUCCUGGACGGUGUGCCCCGGCUCCACACCCACUGGGGGCAAGCAGACAGAGAGCGCGCCGCUGCUACCUCCGCCGAUGCCGCCUCCGCCCAGCCCGGUCCACAUCCCGCGAGCCCCCCGCCUGACGUCCCGCCCACCGGUUCCCCGCCGCAUGUCACCCCGCCACACGGAUCGUUCCAACCGCCUCCUGCGUUCCAGCAACUGACCUGGGACGCGGUGCGGCAAUUCUGCUGGGACGCCAUGAAGAGCACGAUCCGCACCGCCGUCAUCCCGAAGAUGGCCGCGGUCCUGCGCGCGGAGCACGACUGGCACAUGGAGCUCGACGCGGGGCUGCGCGCGCUGGAUCACCGGACGGCGCAGUGGGACGUCGAGCGCGUGCAGUCGUACGAGGACCUAAGGGAGCGGCAGGACAAGCUCACACUGCGGUAUGUGCAGCUCCAGCAGACGUGCGGGGCGCUGGAGACGCGGUGCGGGCAGUUGCAGACGAGGGUGACGGGGCUGGAGCAGGCGGAGCGGCUGCGUGUGGCAUGCGAGGUUGCGCGCCGGCAGGAGGAAGACGCGCGCGCGCUCUGGGAGGAGAUGAUGAAGGGCAAGGGCUUGGAUCGAGGGCAUGGGUCGAUAUGGCUUCCUGGGGGACUUGGCGAAGGCGUUUCAACACUGAGGCAGGGCCGUGCGCCUGCGGCGGAACUCGUCCCCAAUGUGCUCUACCGUACACCCGAGCCCGCGCCCGUGCCCGCGCCAUCGCGUCCACCAUCCCCUGCGUCGCCACGUCUGCCGCCUGCGUUCGCGUCCCUGCUUCAACGGCAAGCGUCCCCGAUUCCACGGCCAGCGGCCCCGAUUCCACGAUCAGCGUCCCCACCUCCACGGGCAGCAUCUCCGCCUCCACGACCAGCGGCCCCAUCUCCACGGCUAGCGUCCCCACCUUCACGACCAGCGUCCCCAUCUCCACGACCAGCAUCCCCGGUGCCGGAACUAUCGCCCCCGUCUGUGCAGCAAAUGCGGUUGAUACUACCGGCGCGCCCGCCCACAUGCUCGUCAACGCGCCCUUCGUCUGCGCCAUCAAGUCCGCUGCCGCGCGAUGAGGACAAGUCGUACCUGUUGGCCAUGCCGGGACCGGAGCCGCGACGCUCGCACACCGUGGGCCCGGGCGUGCCGCCGCGCACAGAGUCAUCAGCGUCGGACAUCUCUGCUAUCGCGCCCUUCGAUUGGCCGUUGCCCGACUACGCGUACGCACAAGAGCCGUCGUCGCUCCCGGAGACACCGGUCUACGAAGAGCCGCUGGACGCGCAGAUCUUCGAGGACGCUCCCGACCAGCAGGACUUCAGCCCUGUUCCGAGCUUAUUCCCGUCGGGCGCGAGCCACACAACGCUGAACCCGACUGCUGCGGAGUUUCGUCCGACGCAGGCGCACCAACAGGCGUACAGUCACAUACAGCCGAACAAUUUGCAUCCGGCACAAACACCUGGUGCGGGGCCCUCCGCGUAUACGGACUACCCGCCGAGUAGGUAUCUACCAGCUUUCGCGUCCUCACACCAUCGGCGUGCGCCUGAGUCGAGGCCUCCACUCUCUGGGAACGUCCCCCUCGGUACACAGCCGCGCUAUGUAUGUUGCGAUAUUUGUAUCGCUUGGCUCUUCUGCUGA